AUGUCCACGACACUCGUCACCACAUACGCUUGCGGACACGAAGAACGUUCAGCUACUCAAAUCGGCGAGGAACAACAGCCGGGAGUGAUGGGAAUAAUCCGACGAAUGAGCUGCAGAAAUCAACCUGGAGCUGUGAUUGCGGAUUCGGCACUUUUGUGUACAACGUGUCGGGAAAAGCCACAUCCAGAACCACUCAGAUCUCAUCCGGUCAUAAUCACCCAUCCGCGAGAACCGAGACAGCUUCACAAUGAUGGUGUGAAUCCGUAUGCCAACGAGUUUGCUGAACUUCCAAAGUAUGGCGCACAUGACUUCACGCGAAAGAAUCCAGAUGAUGUAGAUAGAGAUGUUUGCCGCCGGCCACUAGUUCCCAUCGCCUCCUCCACGGAUGAUGUCCACCGAGUCGUGAAGUCAUCGAGAUGA